CAUUGACUCACUGCCUUUCACUUGAAGUAACAGAGAGACAUGCGCUGACCAUAGUGUUGAUAGUAAAGUUAUCAAAAUGUUAACGUAAAAUCAAAAAUGUGCUACAAAUCGUGUCGUAUACCAAAGCUGUAUCUAGUUAUUUCUUUGUUUUUAUUUGUAGAAUCCGAAAGUCUCGUGUUACGCGCCUAUUUAUCACAGCAUGGCUUACACGGAGAAAUUGAGUUCACGCACAAGAAUGAUACCUUUAUCAACAUCAGAACCAACCUCCAACCAACCCUGCAAUACCCAGACGGCGUUUGGAGGUGGACUAUUCACGAAUACGCGGUGGACUAUAGAGAUUUGACAAGCGAGAGAUGUUCUGCCGACAAUCUCGGCAAAGAGCUGAUAGAUCUGACAGAAGAGCUGGGCUAUUUGAUAGUUCCUGGCAAAGAUCAUGCAGAGUACGAGAGUAAGAACUCCUUGACUGGUCCCAUUGGGCUCUGGGGGAAGAGUAUCCUCCUGGAGAAUGCGGAGAGAGACAGGAUAAUAUGCGCGUCAAUACUGUCGACGGAUAUGUUGUAUGAGAAACAUGCUGUGGCGAGGUUUACUGCUCCCGUCGCGGGUACUUUGGAUUUUAGGUGGUUAGCGGCGCAAGAGUUUGACGAAACCGAUGCCUACGUGCAAGCAGAUUUGUACCACGCGAAGGCUGUCAAACCCGGGAACGGGUUCACUGAACACAAGUGGAAGCUAUUCGUCACAGACAUCUUCGAUUCUGACAAAGGCAGUCAUGAAGACAACUGUAACGUACUCCAGUUGGUGUUCGACCCUGAUAAUAGUGGAGACGGUAUGAGCGUGGGAGAUCUGGACAGUCGGUUGGGUCGUAUCAAGGUAGCCACAGAUGCUAAUCAGAGGAAGAUGAAGAGGCUGUAUAAGGAUGAGGUGCUGAAUCUUCUGAGGAGUGACAUGGAAGCGACGCGGAGGAAUUUGUAUGUGGUGAUAUUUGAUGAAAGACAUACGGACAGUUUUUUGGCGUGUGCUAAGUUGAGGCUGAUACCACCCAAGUUUACCAAGGCUCUAAUCAACAUGGACGGUAUCCGAGGCACGGUGGAGUUCACCCAGCGUUCCCCCUUUGAUCCGACCUGGGCGAACUUCACCCUCGGCGCCGCAGACCAGGACUACGAGUCCAACCUUCGCUUCGUCAGCUCCAUGCUCCAGUACAGCAUCAGAGAACUGCCACCAAAACUCCUGGAAGCCGAACAGUGGAACAAUAUCUGUAACACAACUGGCAACUUAUACAACCCUACUGAGGUUGAUUUGAAGAGUGUACCUCCACCAGGUAUGGGAACUCAGGACCAAUACCCGGUGGGCGACUUACUGGGCAAAUACAAGGGACGCACGGAGUAUCUGAACCACAAGUACCUGCUGCCCGGGCUGGUGAGCGAGCUGAGUGGCAGCUACUGGGACGUGUUCCUGCCGCUGAGUGGCCGGGACAGCGUGACGCACCGGGCUGUCGUGCUCACCAGGUCAGUAAAGUACCUUAAUCAAAAGUAUCUGCUGCCCGGGCUGGUGAGCGAGCUGAGUGGCAGCUACUGGGACGUGUUCCUGCCGCUGAGUGGCCGGGACAGCGUGACGCACCGGGCUGUCGUGCUCACCAGGUCAGUAAAGUACCUUAAUCAAAAGUAUCUGCUGCCCGGGCUGGUGAGCGAGCUGAGUGGCAGCUACUGGGACGUGUUCCUGCCGCUGAGUGGCCGGGACAGCGUGACGCACCGGGCUGUCGUGCUCACCAGGUCAGUAAAGUACCUUAAUCAAAAGUAUCUGCUGCCCGGGCUGGUGAGCGAGCUGAGUGGCAGCUACUGGGACGUGUUCCUGCCGCUGAGUGGCCGGGACAGCGUGACGCACCGUUCUGUCGUGCUUACCAGGUCAGUGCAGUACCAGAACCACAAGAACCUGCUGCCCGGGCUGGUGAGCGAGCUGAGUGGCAGCUACUGGGACGUGUUCCUGCCGCUGAGUGGCCGGGACAGCGUGACGCACCGGGCUGUCGUGCUCACCAGGAGGGAGCCCAAAAGGGAAAUCUGUGCCACAAUCCUCCCGUACGAGCACGGCACAGAGUAUCAGACACAGAUGAGCACAGCACAGGUCAUCUUCCGCUACCCCUUGGUGGGGAGGGUGAUACUGCGGCAGCCACUGGAGAGGCCUUGGGAAGACACCACUAUCAUCAUCGAGAGUAUGGUGCACGCAGAUGGCUCAAACGUCAACAACACGUUCGAGCACCGCUGGGCAAUCCACGAGAAUCCGCCAGGGAAGGACUACUACAACUGGACUGCGCGGUGCCUGUCUGCGGGCAAGGUGCUGCAGCAGCAAGGACUCGACGUGGACACACGGCAUCCCGAGCAUUACUGCAGGGCGAGGCUUGAGGGACUGUGUCGUUUGGGAGACUUUACUACCAGACACGGCAUGUUGAACAUAGCCGGCAAGAAGGUGGACAGCGCGCGCCUCACGAGGCGUCUGUUCACCGACACGGUGGUGGCGCUGGACGGCAAGCGCUCUGUGAUGCGGCGAUCACUUGUCAUCUACGACGACCACGGACCGGUGGCGCGCGGGGAGAGGAUGGCGUGUUCUCUUGUGAACGGGCUCCACCGGCGCAAAGCAGUGGUGCAGAACUGGUUCGGCAACGGCAUCACCGUCGCGUUGUCGGGCAAGCUGGAGCUGACGCAGCAGUCGGAGUAUGACGUCACCAACGUGCAGGUCAAGCUGGAGGGCUUGGAGAGCGACAUCAGGAACUAUAAGAUACACAUGGCGCCAGUAGAAAAAGAACUUGAAUUCCCUUGUGAGAAAACCACAAUUUAUGACACCUACAACCCCUUCAACGUGGACAAGACACUCAGCCCGCCGACUGCUAAAGGAACGGCAGAUCAGUACGAGCUCGGCGACCUGGGCGAGAAGUACGGCCUGCUGGACGACUUUAAGGAGUUCACGGCGCAUUACAACGAGACGCAGCUUUCACUGUACGGCGCCUACAGCAUCCUGGGACGAUCCGUGGCUAUUCAUAAGAAGGCAAAAGAUCGCCGUUGGGCGUGUUCCACGAUCGAGCGCGGCUACAGUCCUUCAGAGGCACGCGAGAUCCGCGCCAUCGCGUCGUUCCACCACCCCGGCGGGUUCGCGUGGGGCUACAUCCGCAUGACGCAGCUCAUCCACAGCGACGGCAGCGCCAGCGACACCGUCAUGGAGGUCAAGCUGAGGCACCCAGGCGUGAGGGAUCGCAACUUGACUCGCAACCACAGGUGGGAGAUCUUCGUGAACCCGGUGGGCGUGGACGCGGCCGUGCAGGUGACAGGCACGCGCUGUGUGGCUGGUGGUUACCGCUGGAACCCCUACUUCACGCAGCUGGCCGACCCGCUCAACCACGACUUGUACAGUCAGGAGUGCGGUGCGGACAAUCCUCUGCGAUGUGACGUCGGUGACCUCACCGCUAGACUGGGGACUAUCACAAUGGGCGCAGAACGCCAAGUGUUUAUGGACAGCAACUUCCCCCUGGAAGGCACGGUGUCGGCCAUGGGGCGCUCCAUCGUCAUCUUCGGGCCGGAGCGCUCGUCCGAGAGACACGCCUGCGCCAACAUACAACCUGACAAGGACAUCAUCAAGUUCGUCAACAUUAUGAAGCCUCCAAGAUUCGUGCUGGGCAUGUUUUUGGAGGACGUGCGCAAAGUGAUGGGCGUCCCCGAGUGGAUGAUCGGCGUGGACUCGCGGCGCACCCGGGUGCUGCAUCAAGGUGCCUGCAUACAGAUCCUACUGCACUUCACUGGGCCCGAGGCCAACCGGCUGGAGCUCGACUUCGUCAGAUUGUUGGCGUCGGGGCGGCUGGACUCGCCCAGCCUGUACAUCGCGGGGUACAUCAACACCAAACGCAAGAGGACCAUCUCCUACAAGCAGUGCGGGGUCACUGACCCCAACGAGAAAAAGAGUGAGUUGGCGAAUCUAGAAGGCCCUUUUCUGUUUUUUGGGCCAAAAUCUCUCGAGAGGUAUCGUAGACCAGCGCUGAAGUCUUUGGAUCAAGAUGACUUGAUGAGGAUAUAUGGGGAGCAGGCAGCGAUCGUGGUGUUCAAUAACCAGGACUCUAUGCCCCUGUCGAGUGGUAAUUUCCCAAGGCUGAGGAAGAUGCUGGAAGGUCAGACUACGCUGGUGCUCCCGCAGGACUUUCUGGAUGUCCACCCUGAUUAUAUCAGCAAUGAGACACAGGUGCUGACCUUGCAAGGGCCGUGGUCAGAGAGAGACGCGCAGAUGACGGAGACCUUCGCCAGGCUGCAGGACAUCUACGGGCCUGGACGGGUGCUGGGAGUUCUAGGCAACUCGGUGUCCCAAAGCCAAGCGUCCGACUACGACGCGGAAUGGAGUCGCGUCCGUCGCCAAGCCGAGGAUGUCUCCACCACCACCAGUACUGCCAGCCCAGAGGAAGAGAAACCAGCACGCACGCUGCCUAGAUAUGCGCUUUAUAAUGCUACAGGACCUCCUGGUAAGGGCGCCUUGUUGUACUCCUCUGGUUGGCCAGAGCUCAAAUGGCCCGACGGCUCGGUGACAAUGUUCGACACGCCCGUUGGAGAACAGACGGUCAAGCCUACCCGCCUCUACACGAUACUGGUCGUGCGGUUUGCUGACAGAAACAACACCAGCCAGAUAACCCUUGAAUUCUCGUUCAAACAAUCGGGUGGAUGGUGGACGGCGGUAGGGGUGGAGGUCAAGCGUGGGUUGGAGACCACAGGACUGAACCUGCAGGCGCCGUCCCCGCCCGACGCGCCGUCUGCCGUGCUGGGCAAGGCGUACCACUGCUCGCUGCCUCUCGUGUACUCUGCUGAAGGCGCCACGCUCACCUUCACUAACAUACAGAUGCAGCCGUUCAUGGAUAACACGGAAAAGUUCUCAGAUGCGUUCGACUGCAUCGGCUUCACCACAGUUCCGAUUUGGUCUGGUCUGAUGGUGACCUUCAUCAUGAUGAUAGGUCUCGCUGUCUCCAUCUCCAUGAUCCUAGACAUCAAGACCAUGGACCGCUUCGAGACCAACCGUAGCAAACAGUUGACUAUUACUGUUAACGAAUAACUCUUAGGAGAUCCAAAAAUUGUACACAACAUGAUUCCCGUAUAAACCAUUGCUAUAAUGAAUACUUAAGUUAAACCUUAACUGUAUUCAGUGCCUUAACUGAGAAAAUCAAUGAUCAAGACAUACAGAUCGUAUGGUAAAAAGGAUUUGAUUUAGUUUGUUAUCAAAGUAAAAUAGGUAUAGAUCAAGAAUCAAUGAGGAAAAUUAAGGUAGGACGAAAUUCUAAAAAUGAAAAGUUCAAGAGUCUUAAAGAGUCAAACUGAAAGAGCAAGGUGCAGAAAGUUUAAAAAUUUUAUGUCCCUUUGGCUGCAGUGUCAUAUUUUGCAGCGUACCUCAGAACAGCGUUUCUCGGCCUUUUUCAGGCACAGACCCCUAGGAAAUCAAGCACAGUUUUCACGGACCCCCUUAAUAAAAUAAACAGCAAAAAAAUCCCUAUGAAUGCGGCAAAGAUGCCAGAUAAUAGCUAUUCUAUUUAUAUAAGCGGAUCUUAACGUCGUGUGUCGUCCAGCCCCAGAAGGGGGAGAGUGAGUAUCAAGGGACAAGGAGCGAAAAGAGAAAAUAACUUGUAGGGAGUCAAGAAGGCGUCCCGGGAACACGCAAAGAGCAAGUACCGGGUUCGCCCUCCCUCGAUUCGACCCAAAUUACCGAGAGGUUGAACGGGCCAUGGGAGGUGGUGGGUUGUCCUCAACUCAUUUCUGUCACGAGGGUGUCGUAAGUGACUAAGGAUUGCCGAGAGCAAUUAUUUAUCUCCACGCUCUCAACUGUCGGUUGUGGCUCUGAACUAGUGGAAUUAGUGGACCCUCAGUGACGUAACUGCCACUCACUGAUUGAGUGUGGCGUUUGCGCGCGCUAACUACGCCACUGAAGUUAGCGCCGACCUGUCAUUGUACAGCUCGAAAGCUAUUGACGCUAAUUUUACUGCGCGGCGCUUCACGCAGAAAUUGUUAAAUACAUAUAUAUUUUUAAAAUUAACAAUGCCGUGUGGCACCGACUGAGAAGGAUUAUGCCAUCCCUUCCUGUCGCAUAGCUAUCAUAAGAUUAUGUCAAAUCAACAACUUGCUUCAUGAGUACUACUACUACUAGUACUCAUAAUUAAAUAAUAUUUUUUUUAACAUAAACAUAUUAAUGGUGCAAACAGAAGUUUUUAUGAAGACUGAGAUUUUGUCACAGACUAUGUAAAAUAAUUGAACAAAAUUGUAAAACUUCAUGUCCUUUGUGUUGCAAUGUCAUAUACCAAUGCCGUGUGGCACCGGCAGAGUAGAAUGUUGCCACCCCUUCCUGUCCCGUGGGUGUCGUAAGAGGCGACUAAGGGAUUGCCUAGAACAAUCAAUCUUUACGUUCUCCACUGCCGGCUUGUAUCCCGGCCUCCUCGGGGAAUUAGUGGACCCCGAGUGACGUAACUGCCACUCACUGAUUGAGUGUGGCAUUUGCGCGCGCUAACUGCGCCACUGAAGUUAGCGCCGACCUGUCAAUGCUCAAAAGCUAUUGACGUUUGACGCUAAUUUUACUGCGCGGCGCUUCACGCAGAAGUUACACUCGUUUUUUUACUACUUUUACUUCUUAAUUUAAACAGACACAGAUUAUCGUAUAUCUCGGAAAUUAAUCAUAAGAGUUCUGCGGCUCUAGUGUUAACUAAGUAUAGUUAGGUAUAAGCAAUGUAAAUAUUAAUUAUAAGUCAUAAAUAAAACAAAAAUUAUGUUUUAUUUAAUGGCUUCUCUAAGCGGGUAAAUUAAUUAUUUGGAAAGAUUUUAAUUAAUUAUUAAAAAUUUCUAGUCUUUCCAGAGAAAUCGCCAAAUGAAUAUAUAUUUUUAAAAUUAACAAUGCCGUGUGGCACCAACAUAGAAGAAUGAUGCCACCUCUUCUUGUCGCAUAGCUAUCAUAAGAUUAUGUGGAACAGUGAAAUGCAUCGAAAGCGCGACUAGUACUGUCAGUCAUUCAGGCUAUUGGCUACAAUAUAAUAUCUGGAUUGCAGUUAUUACUGUUAAUGAAUAAACUCUUAGGAUAACAAAACUCCAUUAUAAUUAGAAGCGUGAUAAAAAGUAAAAGCAAAACUGUCAAGAGAGUAUAAACAAGUUACAACCACUACUACUGGUGUACUCUACUACUACUACUAGUACUCUUGAAGCAAAAAAAAAAAAUAUUUUUAACAUAAACUAAUAUUCAUAGAGCAAACACAAGUUUUUACGUAGAGUCCUUCUCAUAAAAGAAAUCCCACGGCUAAAACCUGAACUAAAAUUGACAGCGCCUUACACAAAUGACAAUAAAACUGCCAUUAACAAAUGACAAUUAGCGCCAUUAGCGCCGGUAGACUUCUUUCAUGAAAAGGAUUAUAGACAGAGAUUUUGUCCUUUGUGUUGCAGUGUCAUAUACCAAUGCCGUGUGGCACCGGCAGAGUAGAAUGUUGCCACCCCUUCCUGUCCCGUGGGUGUCGUAAGAGGCGACUAAGGGAUUGCCUAGAACAAUCAAUCUUUACGUUCUCCACUGCCGGCUUGUAUCCCGGCCUCCUCGGGGAAUUAGUGGACCCCGAGUGACGUAACCGCCACUCACUGAUUGAGUGUGGCUUUUGUGCGUGCUAACUACGUCACUAAAGUUAGCGCCAACCUGUCAAUGUACAGCUCGAAAGCUAUUGACGUUUGACGCUCAUUUUACUGCGCGGUGCUGCACGCAGAAGUUACACUCGUUUUUUUACUACUUGUAUUUCUUAAUUUAAACAGACACAGAUUAACGUAAUUUAUCAUAAGGAUUAUUAAGUUAAUAUAGCUAGGUAUUAAGUGAUGUAAAUAUUAAUUAUAAGUCAUAAAUAAAACAAAAAUAAUGUUCUAUUUAAUGGCUUUACUAAGCAUGUUAAUUAUUUAUUUGGAAAGACAAUUAAUCACUUAUAAAACAGUUUUUAGUGUCUAGAUAAAAAUUACUAAACAAAUAUUUUUAUAACAUUAAAAAUGCCGUGUGGAACUCAGAAGAUGAUGAUGCUGAUUACGUGGAAUAGUAAUAUCAACAAUUAUUUCGCGGUACACCGAAAGAUUGACUAAUACCAUAUCAGGUCCUUUGGUUCCAAAUUGUCUGGGAGGCAGGCAUAGUUAACGAGUAACGCCUAAGAGAUCCAAAAAGUGGUGCUUUAAGGUUUCUGUGGAUAUUUAACACAUUGACUUCAUUGAUCUCUGCAGCUAAACCUUUACUUAACUGAAACUAUCAAUGUACAAGAUGUGUGCAGAUAGAAUGGUUAAAAGGAGAUCUGAUAUUGCUGUUUAGUUUUUGAUAAAAAUACAAUCUUUUAUUAUCAAGAAUGAAUAAAGAGAAUAGAAUGUAGAAUAAAAUUAAAAAAAAAAACUGGACUAGUGAGAGUCGGUGUCGCCCUUUGAUGGAGUGGAGUGACUGAGAGUUCCACAUGCAGGAUAAUUAUUAACAGUUCAGGAAUUAAAUUGCACAGUUUUUGGCAUCGAUUGUCAAGGAAUUAACUUAGCCCUCCACUCAUUGGUCACAAGUCCAGGAGUUUUGGGGAGGUUUACUCUCUACUACCCGCACCCGUACCACCAACCCAAUCCAACCCGUGCAAAAAACCAAUUCAAACAACAUUGCCGUGUGGCAGCGGCUGAUUAGAAUACUGCCAUCCCUUUCUCUCCGUGGGUGUCGUAAGAGGCGACUAAGGAUAGCCGAGAGCAUUUUGAUCUUCAUGUUCUCAACUGCCAGUUGUGGCUUCGGACUCCUCGGGGAAUUAGUGGACCCCGAGUGACGUAACCUCCACUCGCUGAUUAAGUGUGGCGUUUGCUCGCGCUAAUUACGCUACUGAAGUUAGCGCUGAAUGUACAACUCAGAAACUGUUAACGUUUAACGCUAAUUUUACCGUGCGGCGCGUGACGCAGAUGUUACACUCGUUUUUUUAUUAUUUUAAACAGACACAGAUUAUCGUAUUUCUCGGAAAUCUAUCAUAAGAAUUUUGCGGAUCUAGUAACACUAGAUCCGCAAAAUUCUUAUGAUUGUUAGGUAUUAUAGUUAGGUAUUAAGUAAAGUAUAUAUUUAUAAAUAUUAGUUAUAAGCAAAAAAACAAAAACAAUAUUACAUCUAAUGACUUAACUAACACUUAUUAUAUAUAAUUAACUGAUUAUAACUAGAAUUUGUAUGCAAUGUAGAAAAAAAUUUGGCGAAAGGGCUAGUCAGAUUUUUUUCUUAACGUUAAUGAUGCCGUGUGGCACCGGCAGAGUAGAAUGUUGCCACCCCUUCCUGACUCGUGGGUGUCGUAAGAGGCGACUAAGGGAUUGCCGAGAACAAUCAAUCUUUACGUUCUCCACUGCCGGCUUGUAUCCCGGCCUCCUCGGGGAAUUAGUGGACCCCGAGUGACGUAACUGCCACUCACUGAUUGGGUGUGGCGUUUGCGCGCGCUAACUAUGUCACUGAAGUUAGCGCCGACCUGUCAAUGCUCGAAAGCUAUUGGCGUUUGACGCUAAUUUUACUGCGCGGCGCUUCGCGGAUACGUUACACCCGACCUUUAAGUUAUAGUAAGCGAUUCGAAAUUUAUACACUUAUUUAAUUAUAGGCAUAGUAAUAAGUAGUUUAAACAAUAAAAAAAUAAUUUAAGGACGCAUACAUUUCCUUUAGUAUAUCUAUUUCAGGUUAUCAAGUAUCGAAUAUUUAUAAAUAUAAUACUAGUAUAGCUGUAAGCAAAUUACACGAAUAAUAUUAUAUAUUUAGUAAAAUUGAAAAAAAUAUAAAUUUUGAAUGAAGGUGUACAUAAAAGUGUUUAGACAAAUAAACCUACAUAUCAUGAAAAAUAUUAUAUAA